UCUACCUAAAACGAUCUUAUUUAAACAAGGAAGGUAUUUGCUUUUCAAUUCAUUUCAGGUUGAUUGUCCCCGGUUUUCAAUGAUUACAUUUAAGUACAGAUUUCUUUUGAAGUUUAUACUAUUUAUUUCAUAGUAGUGAAUCGAGAUAUACACUUUGGAUUCGGAUUAUAAACAUAACAUUUAAAAUGGCAAACAACCAUGUUCAGUGUGAAAUGUGUUGCAAGGAAGAGGCAGUUGGAUAUUGCAAUAUAUGUGGAAACAUUUGUGAAUCGUGUGGCGAAAUUCAUGAGAAAGGAAGGGCAUUCCAAAACCACAUUCUGAAGAUGUACGGAAAAGAUGGAUACAAUUCAAGGAGUAUUAUAUAUGAUAUCACAGAGGAGAUAUGUAAACACCAUCCGACUGAAAGGGCGUUAUUAUUUUGUAAAAUUCAUGAAUUAAUGAUAUGUGGUCGAUGUUUUCGUUCGGAUCAUAUAUCAUGUGGACAAGAAGUUGUUGAUUUAUGUCAAGAGGCAGGGCAUGUUGAUAACAACCAAACUAAUGCUAUGUCCGCAGCUUUAAAUGAAAUUAAGGAUGACAGUAAGCGCAUGAAAGAAGAAAUUGAUAGACAAAAAGAAAGAAGUAAUAUACAUGCGGUUAAAUGCAAUAAAGAAUUAGAUGAUUUGAAAAAUAGACUGGAACGGAAAGUAGAACAUUCGAUCAGUACUUUCAAAGAGGAAGAGCAAAAACUUCACGACGAAAACAUAGCCGCCUUUUCAUUCAUUUCAUCCGUUUGUGAAGAGAAAGUGUCUUGGGCUAUUAAAGAGGAAAGUCAACUCAAUGAGUUUGUGAACAACUCGUUGACGGGUCGCCUUUACCUAUUGAGCCGGAACUUUGACAAAGAAAUUUCAGAAGUCAAAAGGCAGAUGAAAGAAGCUAAAUACAAACAUACUUUUAAACAUUUUUGCUUAAAGGAAAGUAUGGUGGCAUUUAAAUGCCUGACUGAAGACUUAAGGGAUGUUUGUGAACUUCAAGAGGAAGUGGAUGGAAGCGACGAAGGAACCACAUUCUCAAUUAGGAAUGCAACUCAAGAAACGCAAAAAACACGAACGGAACUCAUCGAAGCAUUGGUUCAAGCAAAACGGGACUUAGAAAAAGCAGAAACGACUCGUAAGAACCUCGAAUAUGAGGGACUGCAAGUGAGACAACGCUUACACAAAUCGGAAAGAAAAAGGCAGGAACUGUGUGAUGAGCUGAAACAAGUAAAACAAGAACUUUAUGAUUCAAAACAGACAAGGUAUGGACUUUAUAAUGAACUGAAAGACGUGAAGCAAGAGAAAUAUAAUUUAGAAAUGAUAAGGACGGAACUAAGCGGUCAGCUGAAACAAGUACAACAGGACCAUAACAGUUCGGAAAUGAUAAAGACGGAACUGAACGAUAAGCUUGAACAAGUACAACAGCACCUAGAAAAUUCGGAAAAGGAUUUGAAAUGGUUCCAAACUGAAUUCCUGCGAGCAAAACAGGUCAUAGAAAAAAAGGAAAAGGAACUUAAGAGGUCCAAACAAGAGUCAAUGCAAGCGAAACAGGGCUGGGGCCACUAUGAAGACAAAAGAUCAACGGCUUCAAAAUCGUUCGACUAUGAGCAACUGCAGCCAAAGAGGGACUAUUACGAAUAUUUGAAUGAACAAACAAGGGUCGACGAGGAAUUAAAUUGUAUGGAUGAGCGCUCGGGUCUUCCUAGAGAGGUGUGGGCAAAAAUUCGGGAAGGUUGUGCAAUCUACAAUAAACUUAUCUGGACACAGCCUGUUGGGGCAAUAGAGGUCAGGGUUAGCGAGAUACCAUGUGCAAUGCCAAUCAAGUUGAAGUUUACAUUCCCGGAAGGUAUUCAGAUGCAGCAGGGCCAUCCAUCCCCGGGAAAGCAAUAUAAAAGCGCCAAGUUCACAGUACAUUUGAACACAGACAGUGAGAGUAUGCUAGUGUGUAGGAUGUUGAAAGCAGCGUUCAGAAGAGGGCAGAUGUUUGUCUUUGGGCGAGAUGGAGAGGUUGGGCUGGAUGGCAUCUCAUUGCGUCAUGAUACCUGUUUUACCGUUAGUCAGAUGCUGCUACCUUAUAUGUCGUACGAGGAGAACAUACAGCAGGUGAAAGCGGAGCUGGAAGCCAAAGGCAUCACAGAAGCAAACAUAGAUAUGACAGAGCAACUGGAAUUGGGAUUUACCUACAUUGGGUUAUAACUUUUACCGGUCUUAAAUACUUAAUAAGUCAUACAAUAGGACUACAAUAAACAGUAACGGUAUGACUGAGGAGCUGGAACAGAGAUGUACCUACUAUGGUGUAUAACUUUUACCGGUUUUAAAUACGUAAUACGUCAAACGAUAGUACUGCAAUAAAUGAAAACGUUACUAGGGUAUAAGCCAUGUUUUUAAAAACGGAGAGGGUGCUACAGAAAAGAGAAAUUGGGCAUAGGGUUAAAAAGGACACAUUGAAUCGGGCUCUGAGGAA